AUGCCCUCGAAAGUGGCCAAGAAGGUCAAUGCGCCUGUCAAUGGCAAGGCGGCAACAGCGCCAGUAACAGCAUCCGAUGUCGAGCCAAACUCAAAGAGGAGGCGGGAGCAGCCGGCCAACCAGAGCAACACCAACGCAGCACGAGCUUCAUCUUCCAGUGCACCGGCGUCCCGCAAAGUCGCAUCGCAGAAUCGUCUCUUUGCACCGUUUCGCGCUCUUGGUUUGAUCAGCAACGACGUUCCUUUUGCGCUUCAAACCCGGUUUGGUGGCAAGGAUGCUACCACCCCAGACGUCAAUAUCAUCACCUGCCUGGGAGACAGCUGGGCCAUGUGGGAUGCAGAGAGGAUGACGCUCCUCUUCGUUUCGACCUCUCUUCCAGCGCCAAUCUCCUCACUCGUGAUAUCGCUCAGCCCGGAUGCUGUUCUUGCUGCAGCAGGUACCAAAGUAUAUCGUUUCAAGCGAGGAAAGGUAGACGCCGUGUACGACACGGUCGAUCAUCUGAUGGCUCGAUUUGACAAGCCCAACGAAAGACAAGUCAACCAAGAGGAUGGCGACUCAGACUCGGACUCGGAUUCAGACUCAGCUUCGAGCUUGUCGAAUGGACUGGUUGAGGCGCAGGAUGGACGGGGAACGCAACUAUCCUCGUUGAUCGUUUUUGGCGACACCAUCGCCGCAAUUUCCUCUACCGGACGCAGCGUCUUUGUCUGGUUUGUCGCAAGCACGGAACUGAUUCGACGCAUUGACCUUCCCGAUGAUUUUGUGGCAACCUCAGUUCUUCAUCCUGCCACUUACCUCAACAAGAUCCUCAUCGGCUCUACCGAUGGCCAGCUGGCGCUCUGGAACAUCCGAACAGGCUCGCUUGUCCACGCAUACGACACGGAUCGUCUACGUGCCUCUGUAGCAGGUCCCACCUCGGGCAUUUCGCCUGCUGCCAUCGUCAACCUCACUCAGUCGCCAGCUGUCGAUGUCGUAGCAGUCGGCUAUGCCGAUGGGCACGUUCUCUUGCACGACAUUCGUCUGGACGAGAGCCUUUUCUCGAUUCAAGCAUCAGGUGGCCUGUCGUCUGGAUCUGUCUCGUUCCGAUCGGACGGCAAGCAACACUCGGUCGCCAUUGCAACCAAUUCGGGAAACAUCAGCAUCUUCGACCUCGAACCCGCUUCUGGCUCUGGCCCCAGUUCGGCCAUCAAUAACGGCCCUAGACUGACCUACUCCAUCCAAGAAGCGCACGAUGGUGCUGUCGGAAGUAUCGAAUUCGUUCCUGGCCAACCUCUACUCAUUUCUUCUGGUGGCGACAACAGCUGCAAGCAGUGGUUCUUUGAGUCCGCCUCGAUGCCCCCGCGUCUCCUCAAAGGCCGCUCGGGUCACCAUCAACCUCCUCAUCUCAUUCGCUUCUAUGGCGAAGAUGGAAAAGAGAUCCUGUCUGCGGGCCGUGAUCGUUCGAUCCGCAGCAUCUCGGUCGUCCGAGACUCGCGCUCGCACGAACUCAGCCAGGGUGAGCUGCAGAAGAAGAGCAACCAGCUCUCGAUUGCCGUCUCAUCCCUCAAGCUUCCCGCCGCCAGCUCGCUCUCCUUCAGCUUGACCCGAAGCCGCGACUGGGACGACGUGCUCACCACCCACCAUGGUCGACAGUUCGCCAACACGUGGACGGUCAGGGACAAGAGGAUGGGAAAGAAGCCACUGGCAGCGUCGGCGGAUCGCAAGAUCAUUGCUGAAGCCAGGACGGCAUGUGUCAGCGCCUGUGGCAACUUUGGCUUGAUCGGCAAUUCCGAGGGCCUUGUCGAGAUGUACAACAUGCAGUCAUAUGCGCACAGGAGGACUUUUGACACUCGUCCCCUGGACCCCUUGGGACCGGUAAAGGCUAAGGAGUUCCCAGCCGGCUCUAAGAAGGCAAAGGCCUUGCUCAACGCCCGCGUCAAGGGCUCUGCCGUCACGGGAGUAGCAACGGACGCGCUCAAUCGCUUCGUCGUCAUCAGUACCAUGGAUGGCAAGCUUUCGUGGUACGACUUUACCUCCACCGAGUUGUUGCAUCGAGUUUCCAUUUCCACCUCCGGCAUCUCGUCAAUCCAGCUUCACCGAGACUCGAACCUCGUUCUCGUUGUCUCUGAUGACUUGGUGCUCAGGCUCGUCGAUGUCGAGACGUACCGCGUUGUGCGUGAAUUCGUUGGUUUCCGUGGCCGCAUCCUCGAUGCUUGCUUCAGCAACGAUGCUCGUUGGAUCGUCUCGACAUCGAUGGACGCUGUCAUCCGCACGUUUGACAUCCCCUCGGCGCGUCUCGUUGAUGCCUUCAAGGUGGCCAGUAUCGCAACCUCGGUCACCUUCUCGCCCACCGGCGACUUCUUGGCAACCGCUCACGUGGACAGUGUCGGCAUCUACCUGUGGGCCAACAAGACGCAGUUCUCCCCUGUUGCUCUACAAGGUCUCGACGAGAUGGCUGAAGUGGUGGAAGAAGAAGAAGAGGCAGACGCUGUGGCACUGCCGACCGUACAGGGAGAUAUCGAAGAUGCGGCGCUUGCCGAGUAUUCUGAAACCAUGCUGCAGGUGGGUGAGCCCGAACUGCAGCGAGUCUACACUUCGCCGCCGCAACUGGUCGAUGCUUCGCGCGAAGAGGGUGGAUUGGUCACACUCUCGACCAUGCCCCGCGCUCGCUGGAUGACACUGAUCAACCUCGACACCAUCAAGCUGCGCAACAAGCCCAAGGCAGCACCUCAAAAACCAGAGGCGAAGCGAGCCCCUUUCUUCCUGCCUCAAACUGUCUCGGGCGUCGACUUCAAGUUUGACCCCACGGCACCCGUUGGCACCGAGGAUGGCGAACCUGAAGCAAAGGGUGAAAGGUCCAACAUUUUUUCGUCCGGCGGCAUCAGCUUCAAGACCGAGUUCCAAGAGCGGCUGGAAGCGGCUGCCGAGAAAGACGACGUGUCGGGUUUCUUCCUCUACCUCGAGACGCUGUCGACGCCGCAGCUGGAUCUCGAAAUCCGAUCGCUCACCUCGACCGACGACUUGGUGGCCUUCUUGACCAUGCUGCUCAAACGGCUCAAGCAGCACCGCGACUUUGAAGCGGUCCAGGCUCUGCUUGCUACCUUGCUCAAGUUGCACACUGACCUCAUCUUGCAGACCUUCAACCCGGAGAGCGGCAAGGAAGGUGAGGAUGGUCAGGACGCCGAUGAGGAGUUGGAGGACGACGAUGAGUUUGGAGCUGAGCAUGCGGAAGAAGUCAAGAGGCUGAAGGGAGUAAUCCGAAAGAUGAUUCGGGCGCAGGUGGCCGAGAGCAACCGAUUCAACGGCUUGUUGGAUCACUGCCUCGGCACCCUCGCCUUCUUGCGUGGCCUGCCUAUGACCUAA